AUGGAGGAAAAUAUAAACCACCUAAACGACAAAAGCGGAGAAGACCCAAGAGCAGCACAGCUGACCUUGGCGGAAAAACAGCUUCUCUCUGCCGCCGCCUCCGGGGACACAGCGUCGGUCACCGGCCUCCUGACUAACGGCGAAGGGAACGUGAACGUGAACUGCAGGGAUGUGCUGGGAAGAUCUGCAGUGGAACUGGCUGUCGAUGCAGGUAAUCUUGAAACCGCAAAAGUGCUGCUGCAGUAUGGCGCCAAGCCGGGGGAGGCGCUGAUGUACGCUGUAGACAAGGAAGACAUGGCUGCGGUUCAGGAGCUCCUGAAAUAUUCCACUCAGAAGGACGGCUCCCCGUCCGCCGCCUUCCCGUCCGAGGUGACGCCGAUUGUUCUCGCCAGUCACAAGAACAGCCUCCCUCUCAUCAAGGUGCUGGUGGACCAGGGACGGUUCAUUCCCGACCCUGGUGUGGUCCUCAGUAAAGAUGACCACGCCCACCAAAACCUGUACCGUGGCCUGGUCAGUCCGUACUACAUCCUCCUGACCAAUGACGACCCUCUCAGUCGGGCCUUCGAGCUAAGCUCGAGAUUGGACGACGUCGGUGCGAGUAAACCCGAAGUUGAAGAAGUCUACGCGGAGAUGGCCGAAGGCUCCCGGAGUUUGAGCGUCGAUCUACUCGACCAAGUUUGGAACCGAGACGAGGCGGCGGCCAUCUUGAACUGUGGAGACGAAGUCUCACCAUUGGUACACGGAGAUGGCUGCCAAAUGAAGCUGUCAAGACUGGACAUGGCUGUAGAUCACGAGCAAAAGAGGUUUGUAGCCCACCAGUGGAGUCAGCGGCUCGUGAACGAGUGCUGGUACGGGGCCGGUAAGUACUUCACACCGACAACCAACAUGGCGGAGUACCUCCGCGGCUUCGUGUUGAUGCUGCUCACACCAAUCCUGGCCCUAAUCUACCUCUUGGCACCCAUGUCUGUCCCGGGGCGCUUCAUCCGCACGCCUGCGGUCAGGUUUGCCAUGUACCUGGCCUCCGUCAUCACCUUUAUCGUCAUCAUCUUGUUGAGGGCAGAAAAUGUCGGUUUUGACGGGCCUGAAGGCGGCCAGCUAGCACCGGAGGGGACUGUACUGGAGUGGCUUAUCUUCGUCUGGAUUCUAGGUAUGCUGUUGGAGGAAGGUCGGCUGAUGGUGAAGAACGGACCUCUCGCCAGUCUGACCGCCAUGGGGAUAAUGACUUGGGUCAUCAUUGUCAUCUACUUAGCCGCCUUCUUCUUACGUAUAGCUUCACACGUUGAGCACGGUGGGCCUAAAUCGCUCUAUCGCUUCUACUGGGCAACAUACGACACGACUCUCAUCGCCGAGGCUCUGACGGCGGUCGGCGGCGUCCUCGCCAUCUUGCGGCUCCUUCCCCUGCUGACCUUUGACCGGUUCCUCGGACCCUUGGCCCUGUCUAUGAGCCACAUGGUCAAGGACAUCGUCAAAUUCUUGAUCAUCUUCUUCAUCGUCAGCAUCGCGUUCUCCGCCGGGCUGAACGAGAUCUACAGCUUCUAUAGUGACGUAGUCGAUAACAUAUGCUUCACACAGCUGGAAAACGCCACCUCACCGCUCAAGAAGACUACUUGUGAAACUUCAAAUGCGUUUGGCGACUUCGAGAGCUCGUUUGAGGAGCUGUUUUGGUCACUGUUUGGACUGGGGAGUAAAGACACUCUAAACCUGGAAGUCAACCCGAAGGCCGUCAGUCCCGGAGAUCCACCUCUACAAGAACAUACCCUGACGAUGUACGUGGGACAGGCGCUGUACGGGCUGUACCUGGUGGUAGCCGUGGUCGUGCUACUCAACAUGCUCAUCGCCAUGAUGAGUAACUCCUACCAACACAUCGCGGACAACGAGACGACUGAGUGGCGAUUCGAAGUGACCAAGUUGAUGCUGCGGUACAUCCGUGACGACACGACUCUACCCGUACCCUUCAACAUCAUCCCAACUCCCAAGUUCAUCUACAACAAAGUCAUCAAGAAGUGCUGCUUACGUCAGCGAUACAAGCGCGAAAUGGAUAACAAGCUGCAAGCCCAAGCAGAAAACAAUCGACGGUACAAGGAGGUCCUAGCCCGCCUGGUCAGACGAUACCUAUUACUCCAUGAGCGAGAGAAGGGUGUCGAGCCGAUCUUUGCAGACUUCACACCUCACGAUCCCGUCACCAUGGCAACUACAACGUACCUUUAAUUUGAUUUGAUAGGUAGGAUUGGUUGGCCUGGAGCUGUUUAGACUCACGUGACCAUGACGUAAAUGUCCGCCAUGUUUGAAUGUUAAAACCGGACGUUGCCAGGUAUGUUUCAAUUUGUAUGUGUAAUUUACACAUGCAAACUCAUAUUGAUCCAAUUGUUCUCGGACUAAUGCGAGACAGAAGGGACAACAAAGGAAAUCAUUUGUGUAAGCUCUGACAAUUUCAGUCAUUCUACCCUUUAGUAUAUGACAAUGCGUCAAUGCCCACAGAGGCAAGGAUGUUGAAUAUCUAGUUUACUUACUUUCGACAAGAAGGUCAUAUGUUCAUGUGUAACGGUUUGUUUGUGUGCUGUAGUUUGUCGUUGAACCACAUAACUCAAGAUAUUAUGAAUUCGUUGUAAUGAACUUUGGUAUGUGUUUAGGUCUUGAUUUGUUCUAGAUAGAUAGAAAGAAAUGUUUUAGAUAGUUGGACCCCCUACAUGUAAAUUAGGUUUGUAAUGCCAGACACGAUAGGUUGCAAAAAGUGUGUAGCUGAAACAGUGUCAUUAAUGCACAAAUGGAAACUCAUAGUACUAUCAUAUUGUUGCCGCUCAUCAUUCUUACUUUGUUUAUCUAUUAUUACAGUUAACUUAUUAGGAGUUAUCGGCACUAAGGAUGAUCAGACGAUAUUUCUUUAAAAAAAAACAAUAUUAUUCAUGUUACCUUAUGUUUAAAUUCUAAAUAUGUAUUCAUAUUACAUCACUUAUAUCUAUUGCAUGUAUCUAAUUUUGUAUCUAUAUUACCUCAUUUAUAUUCAGUGCAUUUAUGUUACCUCACAUCUAUACGUCUAUUUAUCUAUCUAACAGUUCGUGAUAUUUUACAUUGAUUAUAUGAAGAAAUUUUAGCAGUUUUCAAAAUAGCAAUUCGAUAGAUGUACUAUGAGAUCAAGGAUUUAGCGUUUUCUGUAUAUCAUUUCAGGGUUUACUAUGGCGAAAACUAUUGUAUCAUAAUAUGAUGUAUACGUAAGGUGUGGCAUGCAUACUGAACGUGAUUUUAAGGUCCGAUAUCUUGUAUUAGAUUGUUGGAUUGCAAUGAAGGCAACGUUAAGUUGUUAAAAGCACGCAACACAGUUUAUUCAGUA